AUGGGCGAGUACUCGAAAGCACUUUCAUGGUACGAAAGAUCACUUGAAAUCCGAAAAAUAGCUCUCCCUCCGAAUCAUCCUGAUUUGGCUACUUCCUACAACAACAUCGCUAUUGUGUAUGAUAACAUGGGCGAGUACUCGAAAGCACUUUCAUCGUACGAAAGAUCACUUGAAAUCCUCAAAAUAGCUCUCCCUCCGAAUCAUCCCUCCUUGGCUAGUUCCUACAACAACAUCGGAGGGGUGUAUGAUAAGAUGGGCGAGUACUCGAAAGCACUUUCAUCGUACGAAAGAUCACUUGAAAUCCUCAAAAUAGCUCUCCCUCCGAAUCAUCCCGACUUGGCUACUUCCUACAACAACAUCGCUAUGGUGUAUUCUCAUAUGGGCGAGUACUCGAAAGCACUUUCAUCGUUAGAACGAUCACUUGAAAUCCGAAAAAUAACUCUCCCUCCAAAUCAUCCCGACUUUGCUCAAUCCUACAACAACAUCGCUAUGGUGUAUGAUAAGAUGGGCGAAUACUCGAAAGCACUUUCAUCGUACGAAAGAUCACUUGAAAUUUACAAAAUAGCUCUCCCUCACAAUCAUCCCUUCUUGGCUGCUUCCUGCAACAACAUCGCUACGGUGUAUUCUCACAUGGGCGAGUACUCGAAAGCACUUUCAUCGUACGAAAGAUCACUGGAGAUUUUGAGAAAGUCGGUGCCUUCUACUCAUCCUCAUUUGGUACUUGUGAAAAGAAACAUUGAAAAUUUAAGAAACGGAUUUUAGUAGUUUUAUCUUUUAUUCUGCAAAAAUAAAAUUGUUGAAAUGCUAAUUUUGAUGAGGACCCUCAUCGUUUUCUUUCUUGAGAUGGAGAAGUUGAAUCGGAGUUGCGGUGUUUGUAAGAGCGAUGCUAUAAAUUCCAGUUGUAUUUAGCAACUCGGAAGUUGCUAUUGCGAUCGGGCGAGUGUGAGUAUGAAUAUGGCUGUUGGUGCGAGGUGGGACAUCAGCGUAUUUGUGGCAGUCAGCUUAGCAACACUGGGAGCAAGGUACACAGUACCCAUUGGAUCCGCAUGCACAUCGCAGCAACACAUCUGCACCUGCAGUUACAUUCACAUGCCUAUCCUUAUCUUACGAAUUUUCAAUUGAAGAGACUUCUUUUUGUUUACUUAUGUUAAACCAAUAUCUUUCAGAUUCUGCAAACGAUUUCCGAAAAAAUAUUAAAAUAGAUGAUGUCUCUAUGAUUGUAUAAAAAUUGUAUGGAGCUACAUUUGAUAAUCUAACGGGAUUUGAGCUAUUUAAAGCAUACCGAAAGAUUUCAUAUUAAAUCUGCCAUCUCUUAGUCUUCAUUUUCAAUAUGAUAGAAAGACAGAGUUUAAAGUUCUACACCUUUUGAUAAAUUCAGUUUUCAUUUUUCUUGGACAGAAAAAAAAGUUUUUCGAAGAUUGCUUUAUCUUGAGAAUUAUAGGGUUUUUUGUAGGUAUUCAGUUUUUUGGAUGAUAAUCGUAAUGUCUAUAGUUUUUGUUGUGUUUUAAUGUGGACGUCAAGAUAAAUAACAUAGAUCGACGCAGUUUUUCACUUUCUACAAAACGAUGCUAGGACAAAUUGUCGCACGCACAAUUCGUUGAAAGGCAGUCCGUUACAAUAACAUAAAUCAAUCAAAAUUAGUAAUUAUCUAUUUUUCAACAAUCAAGCAACUUAUUCAUUUAAGUUUGACAAAUGUAAUUCGAUGAACAUAGAUAUUAUUAGAAAUAUAACUAAUAACUAAACUUCGAUUUUUGAUUGGGUACAGUAUAAGAGCCUUCUUCUACCGAUAAGAAGUUAGUUUAUUCGAUCUAUACAAGUCAUAAGAGUUUCCCUAUGGUAGUGGAAGUAGAAAUGCACAUUUUUUAAAAUUUAUGCUGCAGUUCAAGAUUUCUGACAAUGAGAAAAUAUCUUGGAAAGACGAACAAAAUUUAGCGUUCAAUAAAGAAGAGCAGCAUUGAAGUCAUCAAAAACUUUAAACGAAUUUCUAUUUUGAAAUCUUCGGGUUUGACGUAUAAAUUCUAUUAUUUUAGGGACCAACUCGUGUUAUUAUAUAUAUAUAAACAAUAGUUAGCAAAAAAAAUGUGGAACAGUUUUACUAUAUAAACAUGUAAUACUUUCUAAACCGUAUCGAAUAUUUGUUUUACAAUUAUUGCAGGUUUAUACUAAGCAGAUUAGCCACGAAUAAUAUCUAUAUGUUUGAUCCGAUUCCAUUUUAUUCUAGUACGAUACUAAUCUGAGAUAACAAUGGCAUAUAGUCUCACAGCGAAUGAUACGUCUACAUUAUAUUAUUAGUACAUGAGAAUUUGCUUUGUUAGAAAACUCCAUCGAUCAAUGAAGAUACUGUUAUAUAGAAUUAGUUCCUGAUUUGAAAGGCUUAGAUUCUAAAGGCUUCUAAAAUACUGAGGAUUAAAUAAUCGGAAACGAAUUCUUCAUCCCGAAUAAUGCCUAAAACCAGAUCCAUGCUUUUGAAGAAAUAAUUAAGUGUUACUUAAAUAAUCGCUCAAUUACUGAUGUGAAAGAUUUAGUUUUAUUAUUUUCAAUAGCAUAAUUUCACGCUAAUUAUAUUGUUUCAAUUAUUAAUGUGGAAAAAGUUGUAAUCCAUUUUAUUGAUAGCCUAAAACUCAGAUAUCUUGCAGUUCUAGAAUUAGAAGGAAGAGGAAUAAAAUCGCGAAUCAGAUAUUCUAAAACUAUCAACUAAUAUUCUUUUAACAGAGAAAUAUUUUUCUUGAAAGAAGUUGAACUAGUUCGUGAUACAAGCUAAACAUUUGUUCCAAGCUUUUUUGCAAAUCAUUGUAUAUAUAUAUAUAUAAAACUAGUCGAAUUGAGUUAUUGAUUCAUAGAAUGUCAAGAAGAAUUCUGAUGAUACAUUGUAAUCGAAGGUAUUUGACGUCCUAUUAAUAUUAAUUAUGGAGGAGACAAAUUCGACUUUUUUCUUGCUAGGAUUCUUUGUAGUCGACAUGCCGAAAUCAAAAAAUUAAAGUUUAGUCAUUAGUUGCAUUUCUCAUAAUUCUUAUGGGCAUUGAAUUACAUGAGUCAAACAUAAUCGAAUGAGUUGUCUGACCGUUGAAAUAUCGAUAUUAAUUUUGAUUGGCUCAUGUGAUUGCAAAGAAUUGUUCGUGCCACGAAUGGUCCUGUGACGAAUUGGGUGUGAUUGUGUAUAUAGAUGGCAAACAGAACUACACUCAUAGAUAAGUGAUUCGACAAUUUAUUAUUUUUUGCAUGCUGAUGCUACACCACCCAGGUCCAAGACGUACGGCAGAAAACCGCUUGAUCAGGUGAAUUUUCAGCGAUUUCAGGGUAGCAGUAUUCCAAAAUCGGUUCUGGCCUUCGUUUCCUGCUUAAUUUCCGUGAGUUCCGGAGUCCGGAAGCGAUGGCCGGAUACGCAUGCCUGUUUCCAGUACGGUUCCAGCGACUUAUGACGGCGACAGGAUACGAGCCGUAUACUGUAGUUUCUGGUCUGGUUACGAAGCCCAGAUCCGGCUGUUUGAAGUUCGGCUAUGGAGUUCGGAUCCGAUCACAGGAUACGACAAGAUAGAAGUCGGAUCCCGCUAGUUCCAAUUGAAUGGAUUGAACUUUUAAGUAACGUCCACACUCACCCCUACACCCUACUCACGGGUUACCCUAUGGACGUACCCAGAAGUCCUCAUGGGCUAUACUAUAGAGGUAUCCAUAGAUCCUCAAGGGCUAUCAUAUGGAGGCACCCAUAGAUUUCCAUGGGCUAUUAUAUGAAGAUGGGUGUGGGUAUAGAUGCUUGUGGGACUUCACAAUCCACACGCGCACCCACACCCACAUCCGCACCCCACAUCUAUCCACAUCCACACUCAUACCCAGUCAAACUCAAACCCUAGGCUUGACUGGGUUGUAUUGGGUUUGGGUUUGAUGUGUAUCAUGUAGAGAUUAGAUUUGUGGGGAUAUUUGCAAAACAAGCGAACACCCCCAACUCGAGAGCUGAUAUUAUCAGUAGAUAGAGCUCGCUGGAUUGACUCCACGAACGCCCAAAACGGUUGAACAAUAAAAAAAAUUUCCAAUGUACACUGAUUUUUUUAAUCAACGAACACCUGUAUCGUUUGACAGUGAGUAGCCCUACUCGAAUUAGGUACAUACCCAAAAUUUCAGCCUUUUAUGUGCUCUCAUAAAAAAAGCUGUUAGCGCAAUCCCUUGCGGGAUUAAAAAUGUGAAACACGA